GGACUGUGGGAGAUCAUGGUUGUGGUGUCUGUCCCUCCUCUAGCUCAGUUUGCCCAGCUGGCCCAGCUGAACCCGCAGGAGCGUCUGAGCCGGGAGACGGCCCUCCAGCAGAAGCAGGUGACCCUGGAGGCCUGGCUGCAGCGCGAGGCCCAGACGCUGCAGCAGUACCGCGUGGAGCUGGCCGAGAAGCACCAGAAGACCCUGCAGCUGCUGCGGAAGCAGCAGACCAUCAUUCUGGAUGACGAACUGAUCCAGUGGAAGCGGCGGCAGCAGCUGGCCGGGAACGGAGGGCCCCCCGAGGGCAGCCUGGACGUGCUACAGUCCUGGUGUGAGAAGUUGGCAGAGAUCAUCUGGCAGAACCGGCAGCAGAUCCGCAGAGCUGAGCACCUGUGCCAGCAGCUGCCCAUCCCCGGCCCAGUGGAGGAGAUGCUGGCUGAGGUCAACGGCACCAUCACAGACAUCAUCUCAGCCCUGGUGACCAGGUGAUGGCUGCCUCUUGGCCACGCCCAGCACCCCAGUUGGCCUGGGUGGG